GAGAGAGAGAGAGAAGGAGAGAAAGAGAGGAGGGGAGAGUGAGACAAAGAGAGAGACAGAGUAGAGAAGAGUGAGAGUCCUGCUCUGUGCUGCACAUCUCCAACUCGGUGCUGCUGUAUCCUCUUCUGGACCAGACGAUGAUGCCUUCUGAGCUCCUCAUCCCCAAAUGGCUGCAGCACCUGCUCUUCGUGCUCCUGAAGCUGAGCCUCUCCUGUGCCUCCCCUCUAAAAGUCACUAAUGGGACGGCGUGCACGGCCCGAGGCCCCGCCUCUUACAUCCUAGUAUUCACUGGUCAGUGGAGCCCGCAGAUGUUCCCGAAACAGUACCCUUUAUUCCGACCCCCUGCACAGUGGUCCAAACUUGUAGCUGUCACCCAUAAUGAGCGGUACCGGCUGUGGCAGGAAGGAGAGAUGGCGAGCCCCGGUGUGAAGAGUUUUGCCGAGCUGGGUGUCACGGUUGAGCUGGUAAAGGGGGCAAAAGAAGCAAGGAAGAGGAGGGUAGUGGGGUCUAUGUACCGCACAGCAGGGAUUCCAUCUGGAGUUGGCCACAGCUCCACUGAACUCGUUCUGCAGCCCAGGAACCCACUGCUCUCCUUGAUGGUGAAAGUGAUUCCCAGCCCUGAUUGGUUUGUAGGGGUGGACAGCCUAAACCUGUGCGAAGCUGGGCAAUGGAAAGAGGAAGUGACUUUCGACCUGCACCCGUUUGACGCCGGGACGGACAGCGGUUUCACUUUCUCUUCACCCAAUUUUCCCACAGUGCCCCCUGAGAACAUUACAAUGAUCACUUCUCAGAAGCCGAAUCAUCCCGCAAACUCGUUCUACUACCCUCGUCUGCCUGAGCUCCCGCCGCUAGCCACCAUCUGGCUGAAGAAACAACCUCGCUCACCCGUCCGUCAACACAACCACGUGUCCAAUCAUAUCCUGCCUCAACUCAGCAAAGCCCCACAAUUUGCAGAGACGCCGCUGGACUGUGAGGUCUCCAUGUGGUCAUCCUGGGGCCUGUGUUUGGGGCCGUGCUCCAGGGAAGGAGUGCGUCAUCGUACCCGCUAUAUCCUGUUGAAACCUGCGAACAGCGGCACCCCCUGCCCCGAGCUGGAGGAACAGGCCGAGUGUACGCCACACAACUGCCUGGUGCAGCAGUGAUGCCCAUUUACACACACACACACACAUGCACACACACACACUCUGACCAUGUCCAGAUCCAGCGCCAAUUUGAGAUGCAAGGUCCUAUGUAAUGCCUAAAGAAGUCAGAGGUCAGGAAAAUUUUGCGGUUCCCGCAUUCAGCUUACAAAAAGACACAAAAAACAUUUUUCAUAGUGUAUCCACAAAUAAUUACAUCAUUUUUGCAGACAUCAUUUUUGAUAGAGUUGUUAUCGAUAUUUUCUUUUUAUUAUUAUUAUUAUUAUUAUUAUUAUUAUUAUUACUAUCAUCAUCUACAUUUCGCAACAGCACUGAGAAAAAAAGUACUUCAGUUGUGCAAUGAAUUGACCAACAGUGCCCUCCACUAGUACAAGACUGAAAUCUUAUACUGGGCCAAUUAGGAUGAGUUCCUUAACAUCAUUAGGCUAAUAAUCGUAUAUAAUUGUUUUGUUCCCUCCACCGCCUUGCAAAAGUUGUAUAUAUGAUGUAUUUAAUCAUUUUCUCCUUUUAAUAAAUGUGGAGUUGUUUCUUUAAA